CCGGAUUGUUCAUCAACUGCGGAGGCCCGAACGUGACAACCCUCUGGUUCGCGGACACCACAGCCAUCACUUGGACCUCCGAUGCCCCUCUCAUGACCCUCGGCGCGCCCUUCACUAUCACUCCUGCUGCUGCUGGCAACCGGAGCAACAGCAGCAGCAGCAGCUCAGCGCCCUUGGUGGGCAUACCGCCAUUGGCAGGAGUGCAGCGGAACGGGAGUAGUAGUGCUGCAGGGAAUGGUAUCAGUGGAAGGAGCAACAGCUCGAUUGUGAUCUCUGUUAUCAGCACUGCCAGCAACACUGCUGCCAACGGCACUGCAACCAUCAAUACCUCCACCACCAACGGCACUGCCACCAACGGCACUGCCACCAACGGCACUGCCACCAACGGCACUGCCACCAACGGCACUGCAAUUAACAGCCCCACAAGCAACAGCACCGCAACCACCAGCCCUCCCUCCGCCGCCUCUGCUCCAUCCCCCACACCUCCCAGCAUCCCUCUCCCUUCCUCCAAGAACAACACCACAGUCAACAAACCCACAGACACCAUCCCAAUCACCCUUCCCUCAACCGAAGCCAAAACCCUCCUCACCUUCUCGGACCCCUCUCUAGCCCUCAUGGCGCCCGUGUUCGAAUCCGCCAGGGCGUUCAACGCGCGGGACGGCCUCACUCUCUGGUACUCCCUGCCUGUGCCCGAACCUGCCUACUAUGUGGUGCGCCUGUACUUUGCAGAGCUCGUGAACCGUGUGCCAGGAGCAAGGCGGUUCAAUGUGAGCGUGGAGGGAACCGAGGUGCUGCCUGCGUUUGCCAUCGGGCAACGCUUCCCUACUGUGGAUCGCACCCGCGCAGCUGCUGCUGGGGCUGCUGGUGGUGGUUUCGGGCGGGGUUUCAGUGGUAUCAGUGCUGCCAAGGUUGUUUCGACGGUCACCAACAGUGACCUUGUUAGCAUAGCCAGCAGCAGCAGUACAGCUGCCGGAAAUGGCAACAACACCGGCGCCAAUACCGGCGGCAAUAUCAGCACCAGGAGUACCAACAAGCGCAGAAACAAUAGGAGCAUCAACAGCAGCGCCAACAGCACCAACAGCAGCGCCAACAGCAGCGCCAACAGCAGCACCAACAGCAGCGCCAACAGCACCAGCAGCAGCAGCAGCGCCAACAGCACCAGCAGCAGCGCCAACAGCACCAGCAGCAGCAGCAGCGCCAACAGCACCAGCAGCAGCAGCAGCGGCGGGGCUGUGGAGGGCGAUGUGGUUCGGGGGCAUGUGGUGGAGGUGUAUGUGCCGGUGACAGACGGCUCUGUGGACGUGUUCUUCACCUCGGGGGACAUCGGUGACCCCAUCAUCUCCGCCAUCUCUGUGCUCGAGUGCCCACGAGGAAUGUACAACCUCACAGCACCGAACAGCACCGCGGUGCUUGCCUCGCUCUACCACAUCGGGGCGGGACUGCCGCCCAACUCGUUCUUCCUGGACGCCAUUGGCCGCUCGUGGCUGCCUGACACGCCGUACCUUGCCGCCCCGUCGCCGGCCAACACAAUGGUCGUGGACAACGCUCCUGGGGGUUACACCUCACUUUUCUCAGUGGAGAACGCAGACAACCCCAACAUGCCGCCAGAUGCUGUAUUCACUAAAUGGCGGACGACAGUGAACGGGCACGAGACAGAGCCGCAGGCCAGGUUCAAGGCGCACACGCUGCAGUAUGUCUUCCCCGUGCCGCCCUCCACGCCCCUCGCUGUCUUCCUCGGCUUCCAAGACGGGCUAUUUGACUUCCAGGGGGCGCGCUUCCUGCAAGUGUUUGUGGACGGCCAACUGGCGUUGAAGCCCUUUGACGCCUUCGCUCCGUUCGCCACCUAUUUGGCCAAGGAGCUUUACGUCACCAGCAACACCUCAGGCUUCCUCACUAUCGAGAUUGCCAAUGCCAACUACACCGGCUUCACAUGGGACGCGUUUGUGAAUGCAGUGGAGGUGUUUCACGUGCUGCAGUGGGAGGAAGGGCGCGAGGCGGCUUUCAAGGCCACGCAGCAGGCGGCACAGCAGCAGGCAGACCCCACUGUCGUCGUGCAGUCCGUCUGGCGGGGUAUCCUGCUGGGAGUGGUGUCAGCAGCCAUGGUGUUGGCUGUCGCCCUGGCAGUGCUGUUAGGCAUGAGAUGGCUCAAUGCGCGCAGAGCAGCAGCAGCAGCGGCUGAAGCCGAACGGGAGAAGCUCCUGGGCGCCCGACCCCGCAGCCGCUUCAACCGCCGAGCCAACGCCACAGGCUCGGUGUCGUACCUGGGCAGCAGCUUCGGCGGAGGGAUGAACGGCAACAGCGGAGGGGGCAGUGGCAGCGGCGGGGCAGGGAGCAUGGCGGUAUCAGCGUUUGGAGCACACUGCUUCACGUGGGAGGAGAUGAGGGAGGCUACUAGCGACUUUGCACCUGCUAAUGUCAUCGGCAAGGGAGGGUUUGGACAGGUGUUCCGCGGGCAGUUGGAGAGCGGGCACAUGGUGGCGGUGAAGCGGCUGGACGUGGGGUCGGACCAGGGCGAGAAGGAGUUUGUCACCGAGGUCGAGCUGCUCACGCGCCUGCACCACCGCCACCUCGUCUCCCUCAUUGGCUUCUGUGAGGAGGACGACCAGCGCCUCAUGCUGGUGUAUGAAUACGUGCCCAAUGGCACACUAAGGCAUGCACUGCAUGAUGCUGACAAGGCUCGGGAAAUGACCUGGAACCUUCGCCUCAGGGUGGCCUUGGGAGCAGCCAGAGGAAUCGAGUACCUGCACCGAGGCGCCCUGCCACCUGUCAUCCACCGCGACAUCAAGACGACCAACAUACUGCUGGACUAUCAGAUGAACGCCAAGGUGGCGGACUUUGGGCUGUCCCGACUGGCACAGCAGGCUGUCAGUGGCACACACCUGGACCUCAUCAGCACCAACGUCAAGGGCACCAUGGGCUACCUGGAUCCCAACUACUACACGAAGCAGCAGCUGACGGAGAAGAGCGACGUGUACAGCUUCGGGGUCAUCCUGCUCGAGCUCAUCUCCGGCAAGGUCCCCAUCUGGAUGGAGCCCCGCGCGCCGCCUGUCCCCCCCGCUGCUGAUGCUGCUGCUGCUGCUGCUGCUGCUGCUGCUGCUGGUGGCGAUGGCGGCGAUGAUGCUUCUGGUGAAGCUGGGCCGUUAGAUGGUGGCGACGCUGCUGGUGGUGGUGCUGGUGGCGAUGGUGGUGGAGGAGGAGGAGCAGCAGCAGAGGAGAGGCAGCUGCAUGACAUGGACAGUGAUGAUGAUGAUGAGGAUGACGAUGAGGACCGGCUCAUGAACCUCGUGGAAUGGGCGUCCCCACGCAUAGAGGCGGGGAGGGUGGACGUGGUGGCAGCGAGGGAGCUACAGGAGGCGUCAGAGGCGGUGCUGCAGUCCAUGCAGGCCGUGGGGGAGCUGGCUCUCGCAUGCCUUGAGAUGCAGGCGCGCAACCGCCCCACCAUGUCGCAGGUCGUGCGCCAGCUCGAAGAAAUCCAGCUGGCACUCGCAGAAGAAGACGAAGAAUCCGCUCAGAUGCUGCCCCUCUCCACCGCCUCCCCCUCAGCAGCAGCAGCAGCCAACCUCGGGAACUCCCUCAUCGCAUCUGGCAUUCCCCCGCCGCUCCCUCUGCCCACUGUGGACGAGGAUGCGUCAGCAGACUUCUCCCACCCCAGUGCGGCCAGCAACAGCAAUGUGUCGGCAUCCAACCGUGCCUCGCCCCGCAUCUCCCCUCGUAGUCUGAGUAAUGGGGGUGACGGCACUGGUUCUGGUAGUUUCACCUCCCCACGUGGCCCCCACAAGCCAGAAGCGAGUGCUGGUGUUGGUGGUGGCGAUGCUGCUGCUGCUGCUGCUGGUGCGGGUGCUGGUUCUGGUGUUGCUGCGAUCAAGUCUCCUCGUACUCUCAUCACCUCGCCUCACUCCCCUGCCCCGCUCAAUCGAACCUCCUCCCUCCCCUCGCCUUCAUCAUCCCACCCCCACGCCCUCUCCCCCAAAUCGGCACUCUCUAUCUCGUCCAAGCCGGCAACCUGGGCCAAUCAGUGCUGGCCACGUGGCACAGGGAGCAGGCCUGGCAGCAGCAGCAGCAAGGGCAAGGAGAAGGGAGCUGGUGCUGCUGGGGAGAAUGGUGUGCAGGAGCAGGAGGGGGAGCGAAUGGAGGAAGUGGAGCUGGGGCAGGAGGGGGAGCAGGUGGAGAUUCAGAGCCCUAUAAUAGAGUCGGACCAGGCACCGCUCAAAUCGGCCACGUACCUCUCCAGUGGCCCCUUGCUGUAG